UUAGUGACUCCUUGUCAUUGUCUCAACGUGACAAUAAAGAAGACGACGACGGAGCUGGACAAAACUUUGCCGGUAAAGUGUGUGGCGCCUUUCCUUUAAAGUUAUUAACUUAUUACACCCAUCGCCACCACGAAUUCAGAUCAAAAAGAGGUGCAGUUCUGCUUAGUUGGAAAACCAUGAAACAUUUGAUCUCACAUCAAACUUAAAUCUUGAUGAUCCUCUAGUUUUUCAUCAACUUUGGACUAAGUUGUUGGAUGUAGAUGGUAUUGCACAUCACAUGAGAGAGUGAACUUACGUUCUGAAUUUCGUUUAAAGUAAUGGCUUCUUCUGGAGACUCAUGGAUCCGGGAGUAUAAUGAAGCACUGAAAAUUGCGGAUGAUAUCACUAACAUGAUAUCUGAAAAGAGCUCAUUGCCCGCUUCAGGCCCAGAAGUGCAACGUCAUUCAUCCGCUAUAAGGAGGAAGAUCACAAUAUUAGGAACUAGACUUGAUAACUUACAGUCUCUCCUGUCAAAGCUUCCUGGAAAGCAGCCUUUGACUGAGAAAGAGAUGAAUCGUCGCAAGGAUAUGCUUGCAAAUUUAAAAUCGAAAGUAACCCAGAUGGCCUCCACAUUGAACAUGUCAAGCUUCGCCAAUAGGGACAGCUUGCUUGGACCAGAAAUAAAGCCGGUUGAUGCUAUGAGCAGAGCAACAGGCCUUGAUAAUUAUGGUGUUGUCGGUCUUCAACGGCAAAUUAUGAAAGAGCAAGAUGAGGGCCUUGAGAGUUUGGAGGAGACAGUGAUGAGCACCAAACAUAUAGCACUGGCAGUUAAUGAAGAACUUGGCUUGCAAACAAGACUUAUUGAUAACCUGGACGAACAUGUUGAUGUUACAGACUCAAGACUUCAGCGAGUGCAGAAAAAGCUUGCAAUUUUGAACAAACGCACAAAGGGUGGUUGCUCUUGCAUGUGCCUGCUUUUAUCGGUGCUUGGGAUUGUAGUUCUUGUUGUGGCAAUAUAUAUGUUGAUCAAGUAUCUGUAAAUGCAAAAGAACCAGUGCCUUGGGAGUGUGUGUAUGAGAAGUGUCUGUGAGUACUUGAACAUUUCUUUCUGUUUCCUCCUGUGUAAUCGAUAUUUUUGUGAUUGUGAUCACAUCAGUGUGUUGAGACUUGAGACAGCUUUGAACUCGUUUUCCUACUUGAUAUGCUUUCUUAUGUAGAAAAGACAUCGAGAGCAGCUUAUAAAGUCUAUUAAUAGUACUAGGUUUGAGUAGUUUUUCUGAUAA